CUCAGAACUCCAGCACACGAAGAGCAACUGAGAGAAACACGGGUCUGCGGAGUAAACACUGCCAGCUGCACAGUUAGAAAUCUAAUCUACCUACUUACCUAUCUAUUUAUUUAACUAGCAUAGCUUUAUAGUAACCAUUUAUUUAGUUUUUUUUUUAAAUCGAAUUCUCUAAACGACAUGAGAGUAAAGCGCUUAGCUUAGUCAGACUGUAACUUAACGGUUAGCUGAUUUAACUAGUUAGUAAGCUAAAAGCCCCACUGAUUGUAAAUUAGGUUAUAAUAUAACCCUUUCCUUAACGAGACUCCGUGUAACUUAACUAUGUUAAUUAAGAAAGCUAAUUAACUAUUUAGCUAAGCUACAUAAAAUUUCCACAGCUGUGUGAACCUCUCUUCAAUGAGACUACUGUUUACCUAAGAUUAGCUAGUUAACAUAGGAAGCUUACUAGCUGGGGACUCCACAGAUAUAACCUAAAUUAACAUUUUGUGUGAGCCUUAUUCUUUAGUUAGACUGUAUAACUUGGGUUAACUAGAAGCUCCACAGAUAUUAUAUACUCCAUAGUUUAUAUAGUUUAUAAAUUACCCCCUGUGUGAAUCUCUCUCUUCAAAGGGACUGUUUAACUAAGUUUAGCUAACAAAGCUAGCUUACUAGCUGGAAGCUUCACAGAUAUAACCUAGCUAUUUAGCUAGGCUAACUACAAUUUUUGCAACCCUGUGAACCUCUUUUCAGUGAGACACUAUUUAUCUUAGCUAAACUUGUUAACUAACUUGCUGGAAGUUACACAACUAUAAUAUAAUCUAAGAUACAAGUUAACCCUAUGUCUGAAAUGAUCUUCUAAGUGCGACUCUGUAUAACUUAACUAGCUAACUAGCUGGAAGCUCCACUGAUAUAAUCUAAAUUAACCCUCCCUGUGAACCUUUCUCAGUGAGAUUCUGUGUAAGCUAGUUAACUGGAAGCUCCACAUAAAUAAGUUAACCUGCUGUGUAAAGCUCUCUCCUUAAUGAGACUGCAGAUAUAACCAUAGUUAUGACCUAAAUUAUCUUUCUAUGUGAGCCUUUUUCUUCUGUUAGUUUGCAUAACUUAGGUUAACUAGAAGCUCCACAGUUUUUGUAAGUUAUAAGUUAACCCCAUGUGUGAGCUUCUCUGUCCUCAAUAAGACACUGUUUAUUUUUGCUGACCUAGUGAACUAGCUGGAAGCUCCAGAGAUAGCUAACUUAACUGUCUGUGUUAGUUUUUAUCCUCAGUGAGACUCUCUGUGACUUUGGUUAGCUAGGUUAGGUAGAAGCUCCACAGAUACAAGUUAAUCCUAUGUGUGAACCUUUCUCCUCAGUGAAUCUCUGUGUAAUUUAGGAAGCUCCAAAGAUUAGAAGCUAACCCUCUGUGGGCGAAUUGGUCAAUGGUUUUACCCUUUUAGCUAGUUUUUAAUUUUUUUUGUUACCUGCUGAGUGAACACUGGGGAGAAACACCAUUCUAGUUUAAUAUCUGUCUAAUGGAAGACAGAGACAGAUUUUCUGAGGACACACGGAGACGAAGCUGCUCUAACCCACCUGUACGGAACCGGAGAGCAUGUAGGGAAACGGAGAAGGACAGAGGGAAGACAAAACCUGGGUUACCUGAAACCAGAAAAACAGGACUGUCACACACUCAUGGCUUUAAUGGGAUGUGUGUUAAACAGCCCUGUAAAACCUCUGAGACCCCCAGUCAGUGCUCUGACCAUAUGAAUCAACCCUUACCUUUCUGGCUUCUGCUGUGUGUGGCUGUCUUCUCCCUCUCCACCCGCUUUUACAACAUCACAGAGCCUCCACACGUAUGUUGGGAUGAGACCCACUUUGGGAAAAUGGGGAGCUAUUAUAUCAACCGCACCUUCUUCUUUGACGUCCAUCCACCUCUUGGAAAGAUGCUCAUUGGCCUUGCUGGAUAUCUGACGGGCUACGAUGGGACCUUUCCUUUUGUCAAACCUGGAGAUAAAUAUGAGGAUCAUAACUACUGGGGGAUGAGAGGGUUCUGUGCAGCCCUCGGCUCCUGUUUGCCUCCCUUUGCUUUCUUGGUGGUCUUGGAGCUCUCCCGAUCUACUGCGGCUGCUCUUAUCGCAGCUUCCCUGCUCAUUUUUGACACUGGGUGCAUCACCCUCUCGCAGUAUAUCUUACUGGAUCCCAUCCUCAUGUUUUUCAUUAUGGGAGCCGUGCUGAGCAUGGUCAAAUUCAACCAACAGAGACUCAGGCCUUUCAGCUUGUCCUGGUGGCUGUGGUUGAUCCUGACCGGGGUGAAUCUCUCUGGUUCGCUGGGAGUGAAGUUCGUGGGGCUGUUUGUCAUCAUUUUAGUUGGUAUCAGUACAGCAUGGGACCUCUGGAAACUACUCGGGGAUUUAAACCUGUCUCUGGUGGAUUUUGCUAAGCACUUGUUUGCCCGGAUUUUUGGGUUAAUUAUUCUACCCUUGUUCCUGUACACCACAAUAUUUGCAGUCCAUUUUGCUGUCUUAAACAGGAGUGGUCCGGGGGAUGGAUUCUUUAGCUCUGCUUUCCAGUCUCGUCUAAUUGGAAACAACCUGCAUAAUGCCACCAUGCCAGAAUACCUGGCAUAUGGCUCUACGAUUACAGUGAAGAACCUGCGGAUAGCUGGAGGCUAUCUCCAUUCCCACUGGCAUCUUUACCCAGAGGGAGUCGGAGCCCACCAGCAGCAGGUCACUGCCUAUCUGCACAAAGACUACAACAACCAGUGGUUGGUCAAAAAACCUGAUAGUGAAGAUCAUGCAGAGACUCCAGAGCUGGUCCGACAUGGAGACAUCAUUCGACUAGAGCACAGAGAAACCACCCGAAACCUGCACAGUCACCUGCAUGAGGCCCCACUGACAAAAAAGCAUCUUCAGGUCACAGGCUAUGGCAUUAACGGUACAGGGGACCUCAAUGACCUGUGGCAGGUGGAGGUGUGUGGGGGGAAGAAAGGUGAUCCGGUGAAGGUCCUGCGCAGUAAAGUCCGCUUCCUGCAUCGCUCCACUGGCUGUGUGCUGUUUUCCUCAGGAAAAACCCUCCCAAAGUGGGGCUGGGAGCAGGUGGAGGUCACUUGUAGUCCAUAUUUAAAGGAAACUCCCAAUUCCCAGUGGAACAUUGAGGAUCACAUCAACCCCAAUUUGCCCAACAUCAGUCUGCAUGUGCUCAAACCUUCCUUCCUGGAGAUUCUGCUGGAGUCUCAUAUUGUCAUGAUCAGGGGUAACAGUGGCUUAAAACCUAAGGACAAUGAGGUGAACUCUAAACCUUGGCACUGGCCCAUCAACUAUCAGGGUUUAAGGUUUUCUGGAGUGAAUGAGACGGAGUACCGAGUGUAUCUGCUGGGGAACCCUCUGCUGCAGACAAUGAGGAAGAGGUUGAGGAAGAGUUUCAUCAUGUGCAGCAUUAUAAACAACUCAGAGAGACCUGCUGUAUUUCAUAAAGAACAAGAACAAGAGGAUUUUAGUGGAGUGAUCUGGUGGCUGAACCUGUUCAGUCUGGGGCUGUUUGUUGUCAUGGUGUCUGUGUGCUCUUUGGCCUUACAGAGAGGAGCUAAAUUAGAGGGAGAGAGAAAAGCACAUUGCCGGGUUAUUUUAGAAGGUGGUGGGAUGCUGUUCCUGGCCUGGCUGCUUCACUACCUGCCCUUCUACAGCAUGGGCCGUAUUCUCUACUACCACCACUACUUCCCUGCUGUGCUCUUCAGCAGUAUGCUUACAGGAAUAACACUGGACACAUUUCUACAGAAUGUUGACCUUCUAUGUAGACCACCGUAUUCAAAGUAUAUUCUAAGAGGGGGUCAGACGGUUCUCCUGGUCGGCAUCCUCUACAGCUUCUAUCUGUUCCACCCUCUCUCCUAUGGCAUGAGGGGGCCGUUAGCUCAUGAUCCCUCCUCCUCCAUGGCCGGACUCCGGUGGCUGGACUCCUGGGAAUUUUAAAAGAAAUAAAAAUAUCAGGGGAUCGUUUUGUUUAGUUUGUUUGUUUGUUGUGAAGUUAUUAGUUUAUUCACUAUUGAGCUGCUAAAACUUAGUGUGUUACAUUUCACCCUUUAAGUAUUCAACUCCAGUUUUACUCAAAACUAUGUGUUUUGUGCUUGUUUUAUUGUGUUAAAUCUUUUUUCGUUUUUUUUUUUUUGUUCAGUACACUGCAUAUUGGCCUGGUUAAUAUAACUAGUGGUCCACAUCAUUUCAUUUAUUACAUUACAUUAGAUAAAGGUAAAUUAGAAUGUGAUCAGUGUUCUGAAACACUACAUAAUCAUUAUUUACAUAUUUUGCGGUACUUUUAUUAUUAUUUUUUUGUUUUGACUUAAGUAAACAAUCAAAAUAAAAAGUGCCUUUUAAAUGAAGUGUUUAAAUAGUGAAUUAAAUGGAGUAAGACGGAGUAUUAGAGUGUUAAAAUUCACUAUCAUUUUCUGACUGAAAUUAUAAAUCUUGUAAGUGUUAAAGUGUUAGUUAUGGAUUCUAGAAAGCAAGAAGCAAAUAGCAGUAUUGUUUUAGUUGGAUUGAUGUGAUCUUUGGAUUGAUGUGAAAUGGGAGGUUUUACUGUGUAAAAAAAAUUAAAGUGUUUUUAAGAA